CACGACCUCCUCCUCCCUCUCACCCUCUCCGACCUCAAGACUUCCAUUCAUCAUGGGUGUCCGUGACGUUCCCGCCGACUCCUUCAUCACGGCCUACGCCAACCACCUCAAGCGCUCCGGCAAGCUUGAGGUGCCCACCUGGGUGGACAUCGUCAAGACGGGCGCCUACAAGGAGCAGGCCCCGUACGACCCUGACUGGUUCUACGUGCGCGCUGCUGCCCUGGCCCGCCACGUCUACCUGCGCAAGGCCGUCGGCAUCGGCGCCCUGCAGAAGUACCACGGCGGCCCGAAGAACCGCGGCUUCCGCCCCCAGCGGCACGCCGAGGCCUCGGGCUCGGUGCAGCGCAAGGCUGUGCAGGGCCUCGAGGGCAUCGGAGUGCUCGAGAAGGACCCCAAGGGCGGCCGCCGCAUCUCCGUCGACGGCAUGCGUGACCUGGACCGCAUCGCCACCGCCGUGCUCGAGAGCAUGCGCGAGGAGGAGGACGAGGACGAGGAGGAGGACGACGAGGACGACGAGGCCGAGGACGAGGACGACGAGUAAAAGCGACGCGGCGCACACUUCACUUCAUUCACCGCUCGCG